AUGGCGCGGAGUCGCUCAUUGGUGAAUUCAUUAGAUCCACAUCGGGCAAACGACGCAGCACUUUUCACGGUGAACAGCGAACGGAUUCCACGAAUUCCACGUUCUCUGGGAAGAACGGUUCACGGUUGUACGGGAAAUGCGAACUGUAAAGAGAAAGAUGCAAAUGAUACUAAAAGAAAACCACAGACAGUUACUGAAAAUCAUUUGCCUUGGAGGCAUAAAAAGACGCUAGGCUGGUUUCUAAAUGAUUUUGUGGAAAGGAAGAAUAUGAAGGAAAAUACAGAAAAUGGCAAAUUUGAUAGACGAAACUGUGGUUUUAUAUCUGAAAAUCGUGGAGUUUCACAGGAACAAAUCAAAGAAACCAAAACAUCUCGAUAUCGAUUAAAUAAACAGCACCGUUUGAUUAAUUCAACGUCAGAAAAGAAGAAACACAAGAAUUCUAAACAUCGAUCUUUGCAAAAGGAUAGGAAAACAAAUAUUGAUGACAAACGGGAAGAUGGCUCACAUCAGAAAGGAAAUAUUUCCAGAAGUGUAAAUGGAGAUUAUUGGUCAGUUGAUCUUUUGUUAUUUUCAGAAAAUUUGUCUAAAAUUUUGUUUGUUGACAUUAGACCAUCUGGCUAUUAUGAUACAGAAACCGACGGGUAUUAUUAUCAGCAUAGAGGUUCGCGUGGUUGGCGUAAACGUGCACCCAGCGCUACUGAAACACAAGCACAAAGGGAAUUGAUUAAGUUAUAUGGUCCAUUUCAGGUGUUUUUUGGUGUACCAACUGUUAAUGCUUACAUAAUGAAAAGAUAUUAUGAUGCGGAGAGUGAUGGAUAUUAUUUCGAAAUGCCAUCUGUUGACGGUUGGAAAAAGCGAAAGCCUCUCGUACAGCAAAAACCAGCAGUUAACCCUCCCUUAAAGACAAACGGAAUUCUGGUGAAUAAGGAGGAGGAGAAUCCUCUUCACAGAAUAUCAUAUGGAGAAGCUCCUGCCCGUGGACAUCUCCCACCUGCAUACAUCGUAUCAAUGAUGGAUUUCAUGCAUCAGGAUCCUUUUCCCAGGGAAUCUUCAGCUGAUUCUACGUUGUCUUCAUUUAGUGAAGAUACUGCCAAUUCGCCCAUUAAUGAUAUCAACCAUGUUCAGAAUAUGCUCUAUAACAGUGAGUGCUUGGAUGGAUUAGUCGCCAAAUAUGAUGUUAUAGAAGAGGAGACCAAAGAGAGCGAUAAUUUGUCGAACUUUUUAGAACACUGCUUUAUAUCAGUAAACUCUCAAGAAACUGAAAAUUUGGAAAAUGAACCACCAGUUGAUCUUGAAAGUGUUCUUCAUAGCCGACCCGACAGUUUAAAUUUGAUGAAUAAUGAUGACUUUCAUAACAAGAUCAUAAUGAAUUUCAAUGCCGAAAGAUUCAUUGCCGAUUUGAACUUUAGUAACUUAUAUGGUGAACGUGUUUUACGUGAUUUAGCUUCAUUGAAAACUCCGUUUGAAUUAUUUUUUCCUUUUCUUUAG